AUGCAGCGAAGGCAGGGAAGAGUUGGUGCUGGACUGCUUUUGCUGCUCUAUCAAAUUUCUCAGGUUGGACUCCAGAACAUUCCUGGUGUUACCCUUGGGGUGCUCGUCCUGAAUAUUUUUCUGUUCCUGACGCCCCUGUGGCAGCCGCAUGAGGCGUGUCUCAGCGUCAGGGAGGGUUUCCACCGAAGGGACUGGCAGCGUCUGCUGCUCGCUCCGUUCCACCACGCAGACGACUGGCACUUGUACUACAACAUGGUCUCCAUGCUCUGGAAGGGGAUCAUGCUGGAGAAGAAGCUGAAGAGCACGUGGUUUGCCUACAUCAUAGCGGUAUUUUCAGUGCUGGUUGGAGUUGUUUAUAUGGUGCUGGAGUUCAUGCUUGUGAAGGUUCUGGAUGAUCCUUCGUAUGAAAUGAAUUGUGCCGUAGGCUUUUCAGGUGUCUUGUUUGCUUUGAAAGUUCUUAACAACUACUACAAUCCAGGAAGAGUGAGCAGUGUCCUUGGGUGGAGAAUCCCCAGUAAAUACGCUUGCUGGGUGGAGCUGGUGGCUAUUCAUUUAAUCUCCCCGGGGACUUCUUUUGCCGGGCAUCUGGCAGGAAUUCUUGUUGGAUUGCUGUACACUAUGGGACCCCUGAAAAAAAUAAUGAAGGCCUGUGCAGGUGGCAUUUCUUCAUUCGCUGACCCUGCCAGGCCGAGGCACUACUAUUCAGAGUAUUAUGGCUAUUCCGGGGGCCAGUACCGGGUGCCGAGGAGCUAUUACGAUUACACUGGUGGGCUCACUGAAGAGGAACAGCUGGAAAGGGCGGUGCUGAACAGCCUCAGUGAGAGAGAUUCUGGUGGAGCAGCGUAUAACGAACGGCGACCCUAUGGCUUUUGGUUUCCCCCUGAGCAGCAUUCAGAGGAAGAAAUGAGGCGGCAAAGGCUUCGGAGAUUUGAGAAAGGCUCAGAGCUCGUGUACCUGCUGUCUGUGCAGCUGUGGAAUUUCUCGGUGUGUACCUCCUUUGACAUCCAGAAGCAGGAGUUUGCAGACUGCUCGGGGUUCACGCUGGAGCAGGAGGAUGAGCUGUGGAAUGGUUUCUCUUUGGGUACACAUGAUCACCAGUCAGUGCUUUAUGGACUCUACUUCUCUGCGGACUUACAGUUUGAAUUGGAAGUUUGUGGAUUGGAUUAUUGGAAAGUUCUGGUACCUGAAGCAUUCUGGAAACUUUAUGAACAGGCUGAUUCCGCAGUCAGAUUUUUACCAUCCGAAGCCCCCAGCAGUUCAGGUUUCGUAGCGCUGAUGAUGGAAGAUGCCAGUUGCCGCUGA